AUGGCUGACGACACCAUGGCUGACAAAUCAGCAAGCCCUUCAGGAGGCUCCGAGGGCAUGAAGGAUGAGGAACGUCCCGCUCAGCGGUACCUUGAAGCUCCUUCAGACUUGCGCAUUGAUGGCGGACCAGGCUGGCCAGUUGAACACAACCCCCUACAGCGAGACUUGACCAAGGGCGACGACUACAAGAAGAAGAUUUCCGACGAGAAGGAAAAGUAG